CCCCCACAUUUCGACAGUUGGUACAAUCGACGAAAUGACGAUACCCAAUGAGGUUGAAGAUUACAAUUUCGAAUUCAUACUGACAGAGCGGUACUUUUGAAACAGGAGGUAGUUUCAAUACUGGAAAUUUUGUAGGAAGUUAGGAAUGUUUAGAGGCACAUGUUAAAAUGUCAGAAGAAAGCGCAGUUAAAGUUUGCGUGAGGGUCCGCCCGCUCAUCCAAAGAGAGAAGAUUGACAUUCAGGAGGCUGAAGAAGCGGUUCCGUUGUAUUGGAAAACCGAUAAACAUGCUGUUUGUCAGGUGGACGGGACAAAAUCUUUUAACUUUGACAGGGUGUUUAAUACAGACGAAACCACAGAUAAGCUGUACCAAGAUGUAGCACAACCACUUGUGGUCUCUGCUGUGAAUGGCUACAAUGGAACUAUUUUUGCCUAUGGUCAGACUUCUUCAGGGAAGACAUUCACAAUGAUGGGAAACCAAAAAUCACUUGGAGUCAUACCUUUAGCAAUUCAAGAUAUAUUUAAAAUAAUUGAUGAUUCCCCGAACAGGGAGUUUCUGCUCCGUGUGUCCUACAUGGAAAUAUACAAUGAGACUGUAACAGAUCUGCUCUGUGACAGUAGGAAAAAGAAACCUUUAGAAAUUCGUGAGGAUAUAAAUAGAACUGUAUAUGUUGCUGAUCUGUCGGAAGAAGUUGUUGUAACUGCAAAGCAUGUUCUGGAGUGGAUAAAGAAAGGAGAGAAAAAUCGUCAUUACGGAGAGACCAAAAUGAAUGAGCGAAGUAGCAGGUCUCAUACAAUUUUCAGAAUGAUUUUGGAAAGCAGAGAAAAAAGUGAACCUUCUAAUGGAGAAAAUGUGGAUGGAGCUGUCAUGGUUUCACAUCUGAAUUUGGUUGACUUGGCAGGAAGUGAAAGAGCCAGCCAAACUGGAGCAGCAGGACUUAGACUGAAAGAAGGCUGCAAUAUUAACCGGAGUUUGUUCGUCAUCGGCCAAGUUAUCAAAAAGCUGAGUGAUGGCCAUGCUGGGGGGUUUAUCAAUUAUAGAGACAGCAAACUUACCAGAAUCCUUCAGAAUUCUUUGGGUGGUAAUGCAAAAACUGUGAUCAUUUGCACAAUCACUCCAGCUGCAAUUGAAGAAACACUCAGCACUCUUCAGUUUGCCAGCACUGCUAAACACAUGAAGAAUGAUCCUCAUGUCAAUGAGGUGUUGGAUGACGAGGCAUUGAUGAAAAGAUAUCGAAAUGAAAUUGUGGAUCUCAAGAAACGUCUGGAAGAAGUUUUUUCAGAGACACGUAUACAAGCAACUGAGAAGAAUGAAUUGGCACAGCUACUGUUGGAAAAGGAACAACUUCAAAGAGAACAAGAAGAUAGAAUAAAGAACUUGACCAAAAUGAUUAUUACAUCCGAUUUCUCAAAGAAGGAACUGAAGAUAAAAAAUAAGAGGAGAGUUACCUGGGCCCCAGGGAAAUUGCGUGACAGCUUACGAUCAAGUGGAGGAUUGAAGCUUGAUGGUUUGCCUACAUCUGCAUCUACUGUCAAAAGAAUGAAAUGUGUAAUGUCACUAGCCGAAUUUGAUAACUCUGAUUAUACUGAAAUUGAGGAUGCAUGGUCACAUGCCACCUUGGACGAUCCAUUUGAACUAGAUGCAAGUCGUAGCAACGUAUCUGUUCGCAGGAGUAAAAAUGCUUAUUCCACUCUUUUAGAGGAAAGUCCGAUAUUUGAUGGACAGGAAAAUGCAUGUGAUUUGGAUUCUCAUCAAAUGGAUGACAUGGGAGCACAAAUUGCAAAUUUGGAACAACAGCUUCAAAGUGAAAGAAAUGAAAAACUUAAAGUAACCGAAAUGAGAAGCUUGUUGGAGAAAAGGGUGUCUGAACUAGAGCAGCAGCUACAGUCCCAAACUGGCGAGGUUAAAGAAUCGGAACACAAGGAGGUGGAAAGGGUCCUUGAAGAGCGGAUUGCUAAUUUGGAGCGGCAACUCUUGGAAAACCAAACUAAAGAGCUAGAACAGGAAUAUGUCAGGAAGGGCCUAGAAGAAAAAAUUCUAGAACUGGAACAGCAGCAUUCAACAUCUAAAGAAGAGUAUACCAAGAAUAAAGAGGCUUUGGAGAAAAGGAUUAUGGAGCUGGUGCAUCAUCUUCACAUUCAGGAGAACCAAGACAAGGAUAAUUUUCAGGACUCUGAUCAACUGUAUCAAAAGGACUUAUUGGAGACAAUACAGUUUUGUGAAGCACUGGAGGGUGAGAAGGAGAAAUUGCUUUCAGAGAUGGAUGUGCUCCGUGAUGCUUGUGAUAACAUGACACUGGAAAAUGAAGGAUUAAGAAAUGAAAAAAAAGAAUUGCAAUUUAAACUUAAGGAGAAGAAUGAAAUUGAGGAAUUUGAGGCCCUGGAGAAAGAAAUUAGGCGUGAACAUGAGGCUGACCUAAUGCAUGAAAUCACCAGCUUAAAGAAAGGCGCUGAAAACGCUGAAGCAUGCAUCCAAGACCUGAAGGAUGAACUUUCUCAGGGUAAACAGUUGAUUGCAGACCUACAGACAUCGGUCGAUAAAGAUUUGGUGGAGCAGAUUCAUCAACUAAGGCAUUCGCUUGGAGAUGCAGAGAUUGUCACUCGUGACACCAAGAAAGAAUCUGCAAUCCUUAGAAGUGAAAAUCUAGAGAUGAAGGAAAAAAUGGAUGAAAUGACAGUGAAGUAUCAACAGAUGGAAAAGGAUGUGCUGACACUGCGCAGUCAGCUGGAGGCUGAAAAGUUACGCUAUAAGAACAUGCAAACUGAUCUGCAGAAGGAACUGCAGCAGGCCUUUAAUGAAAACACUAAACUAACUACACUUCUGGAUGGCAAGGUUCCCAAAGAUCUGAUUGAACGUAUUGAGCUAGAAAGAAUGGUUGCAUCUCUAAAGCAGGAAUUGAAACAAACACUGGCAGAUAAAACUGCUUUAAAGGAGGAGGUUGAUGCUUCAUCAGCACUCAAGCAUCUACCUGAAAAAGUUGGCAGACUGAUGAAGCAGGUCUGUGAUUUGUCUAAUGAGUUGUGCAUUGUGACAUCUGAAAGAGAAGACCUGACCUUCACAAUAGCUGAAAGGGACAGUAGGAUCCAGGAGUUGACUGAGGCUGCUAAGCAGUUAACUACAAUGUCAGAUGAACUACAACAGAAACAUGUGGAAGUGAGUGCCCUCCAGUCUGAGAGAGAAGCUUUGACUGAGAGCCAGAUAGAGCUGGAGGGGCAGAGAACCAACAUGUCCCAAUUGGAGAGAAUGGAGCUGGAGGCAGCAGAGCAGGGUAACAAACUGCAGCAGCUCAAUAAAGAAAUGGAAGCUCUUAAUCAAGAAAAAGAUUGCCUCCAGCAAGUUCUGGAGACUGUGCGGUCUGAGCGAGAUGCAUUGACUAAUGUUCAACAAGAUCUUGAAAAGGCUAUGACUGAUCUAUGCAACACUCGGGAAGAGUUGAACCAGACUCAGCAAUUGGUUGGUGGCCUGAAGAAUCAGAUUGAAGAAAAAGAAGCUCAGUUGGCCAGCAUGGAAGAAAGACUGGUAGAGAUAAAAUUGUCAGAAUGUGUGGAGGUUUCUGUAGAUACUUCAGACUAUAGCAACCUAUUUGCUGAGAAAGAGGAGCUGCUGCAAAGCCAGGACAGGUUUGCUGUGGAGGUACAGCGUCUGCAGAAGGAAUUGAGCAGCAGUACAUCUCGACUGGAAGGCAUGGAGAGGGAUGCUGUGGAGCAGACAUGCAGACUGCAGCAUCUACAGGAGGAGAUGGCAGAAACAACACAAGCAAGAGAUGAGCUGCUUCAAAAACUGGAGGUCUUGCAGGUGAACACUGAAACGGCAGCACUAACUCAAGAACUAAGACUUGCUAAAGAAGAGCUCAAACGGCAUCAACAGCUGGUCAUGCACUUGGAGAACCAACUUGUACAGAAAGAUCAGGAUUUAACAACCGAUAAAAAAAAUAUGGGAGAGACUCCUGAAGAACUGCAAAAGGAGGUAAACCAGGUUACUGAGGAGUUGAAGUUGGUAACCAGUGAACGAGAUAUUCUUCUGGCUGAGAGGAGAGACACUUCACUAAGUUCAAAGACUGACCUUCAGCUGAGAGCGUUGCAGGAACAGAUAUCAUCUCUUGUUAAGGAAAGAGAUGAGCUUGAGGAGAUACUGGAAGGUGUCAGAACUGAAAAGAACCAAUUGAAGGCUGACAUGCAGGAGAAUAUUGAAUCGUCCUUUGGCAUUCAGGAACAACUGAUAGAUUCCCAGCAGGAGCUUGAGCAGCAGCAUAGACUAGUUAAUGAACUGAGGAGCCAGAUUGCAAAGAAAGAACUCCAGCUAUCAAACAUUGAAGAAAAAGUAACUGAAAUCAAAGAAGCUGUGGAUUUGGAUGACAAAGUUCUUCAGUUAACUGAGGCACUACUGAGGGACCACCUCAUUGAUGAGAGAGCUGUGGUAUCAAAUAUAGCUCAGCGAUCAAAGGCUGAACUUCACCUGGAAGAGCUGCAGGAACAGAUUUCAUCUCUCACUAAGGAGAGAGAUGAGCUUCAGGAAAUACUGGAGAGUGUCAGAGCUGAAAAGAACCAACUCCAGGCUGACCUACAGGAGAACAUUGAGAUGGCUAUUGACACUCAAGAAGAGUUGAGACAACAGCAACAAAAGAUUACUGACCUCAAAAAACAGAUUGCAGUGAGAGAAUAUCUAGUAAGUGGUGAAGAGAACUUGAAUGGAAUAAAAGAACUACAAGAAAAAAUUAACCAGAUGACUGAGGAACUGAAACUGGUAACCAUUGAACGGGAUCAUCUUCUGACUGAGAGGAGACAAUCUGCGAACAUUGAGCUGACUAACCAGGUGAUGGAGGAGCUGAAGUUGGUAACUAGUGAACAUUAUCAUCUGGCUAAGAGGAGAGACAAUGAUCAAGGACUAGAGACUGAACUUCAACUGGGAGAGCUGCAUGAACAUAUUUCUUCUCUUACUAAAGAGAGAGAUGAGCUUCAGGAAAUACUGGAGAGUGUCAGAGCUGAAAAGAGCCAGCUGAAGGCUGAUUUGCAGGAGAGAGUUGACAUGGUUAACCAGCUGACUGAGGAGCUUACACUGAUCACCAGAGAAGGGAAUCAUCAUCUAGCUGAGAAGAGAGAGGGAGCUCAGCGAUCAGAGGCUGAACUUCACCUGGAAGAGCUGCUGGAACAGAUUUCAUCUCUCACUAAGGAGAGAGAUGAGCUUCAGGAAAUACUGGAGAGUGUCAGAGCUGAAAAUAAUCAAAACAUAGAGCUGCAGGCUUCUAAGAAUCAAGACGAACUAAGAUCUGCCCUGGAAGAGCUGAGUCAGCAGCAUCAGCUGGUCAAUGACCUGCAGACCCAGACUGCACAGACAGAAUCUGAACUACAAGAAAAAGUAAACCAGGUGACUUAUGAACUGAAGCUGGUAACCAGUGAACGGGACCAUCUUCUAGCUGAAAGGAGAGGUGCUGCUGAACUUGGAGAUUUGCAGGAACACAUUUCAUCUCUCACUAAGGAGAGAAAUGAGCUUCAGGAAAUACUGGAGGGUGUCAGAGCUGAAAAGAACCAAAUGAAGGACGACAUGCAGGAGAACAUUGAGAUGAACAUAGAGACCCAAGAAAAACUGAGACAACAGCAGCAAUUGAUCAUUGACCUGAAGAACCAGAUUGCAGUGAGAGAAUCUGAACUACUAGAAAAAGUAAACCAGAUGACAGAGGAGCUGAAGUUGGUAACAGAUGAACGGAAUCAAUUUUCCUCUCUCACUAAAGAACGAGCCGAGCUACAGGGAACAUUAAAGAGUGUCAGAGCAGAAAUGGAUGAGCUCAGAAAGACCUCUGAAGAGAUCGUGUCAAAGUCUGAGACUCAACUGAAGCACCAACAGCAAGUGGUUGAUGAGUUUAAAAGCCAGGUUGCUGAAAAAGAAGCUCAAAUAUCAAGUCUGCAGCACAAACUGGCAGAAGAGUCUGAGAAUCAAGAGAUAUUGAGGCAAACCCAAGAAGAGCUAAUGCACAGACGUCUAGAAGUUGAGCAAUUGAGAUGCCAAGUUGCUGAAAAAGAAGCUUGGCUAUCCAGUAUGCAGGAGACCCAGGCAGAUAAGCUACUGAGUUUCACUGAAGAUUUAAAGCUGUCUGCUGCUAACCAAAGCCAUCUUAUGGCAGAGAAUCUGAGUCUUGUUCAGAGCCAGGAGAGACUGAACAUAGAGUUGGAGGAACUGAGGACCAGUGUCUCCCGACUGGAGAGGCUUGAGCUGGAGGCACUGGAGCAUGAGAAGAAACUUAGUCAAUUCCAAGGAAAUAUGGCAACAUUGACCCAGGAAAGAGAUGAGCUUCAGAAAACCCUUGACCACUUGCAAGUGACAAUGAAUGUGGAAAAGAGAAAUAUUGAGUUGUGUUUGUCUGAAGAGAAAAAAGAAAACCAAAGGCUUUUAGAAAAGAUUGCAGGCUUCGAGGAGCAGGUUGCCUCCAUGGGGAGCAAAUGCAAUGCAUCCAUCGGAGAGAUGGAGAAACUGUCGCUGCGUCUUGAGGGAACAGAUCAGCAACUAAAGGGCUGUCUGCAGAGAUUCCAUGAGCUAAAAGACCAGUAUGAAAGCUGGUUUAGCAACAUGGAAACCAUACUGCUAAAGGACAUUGAUUUUCAGAAGGAGUUUGUGUCGCACCUGCUCUCCCCACUUUCUUCUGGACAAACAAAGCCUGUUGAGAUCCUGCAUUGUGAUAUUCAGAGAAUGAGCUCACAGUUCAAAUUCGUACUGAAGAAACUAAAGGUUUUAUACACUACUUUAGCCCAGAAUCAGAUGGAACACCAUCAGCUGGCUGCUCAGUAUGAAAUGGAUUGCUUUGAGGAGAGCAGGAAGCAAGAGCUUCUAGUCAAGAAGAUACAAUUUCUGACAGGCGAUGGCUCUAUAAAGUACAAUGACCAAUGUGAAACUGAUAGAUUGUCUGGACUACUUGAAAAGAGAGACAUGCAAUUGCAGGAAAUUAGCCAGAUUUUAUCAGAGAUGGAACACGGUUUUAUUAAAACUGACACAGAACUACAACAGGAACUACAGGAUCGGGAGAAAAUGAAAGCGAAACUAAUGGCUUUGGAAAAUGCAUCUGUCCCUGAUGUAAUGGAAAUAUUAAGCCAGGAGAAAACUAGAAUAAAGCAGAACAUUGAGCUUGCAUCACAGGCCCGAAAGAGCCUGGCAUUAAAGUUUACUGAUUUUGAUAAAAAAAGAAAAGCUUUCAGAUUCCAGUCAAAUAAACAGCUAGAAGAAGAAAAGAAAAAAAGUCAAAAUCUCAUUCAGCAAUUGGAUUCCCUUACAAAUGUAGUUCCUAAAAGUGGUGCAGCUUUAUUACUGCAAGAAGAAAACCAGAGGCUUAUGGAUAAACUUGGAGCAAAUGAAAAGGAAAUGAAGCAAAUGCAAUUAAAAAUUAAAGAGCUUCAAGGCGCCUUCAGUAUAGCUGAAGAAAAUGCAUUGGAACAUGGGAGGAAGACAAAUGCAUUGCAGGUAGAGCUGAAGGAACUAGAAGCAAAACUGACUGAAAAAGAGAAUGCCAUCAAAAGUCUGAAGAUGAAUCUGGUACAUACUGAGGCAAAAGUUAAGAAAGGGGCGGCCCCAUACACAGAAGAACUUGAACAUCUUAAGAGAAAGGUUGUAAAAAUGGAGUUUGAGAGGACUGGCUUAUCAAGAACAUGCCAACAGGAGAUUGAUUCAUUAAAAGCACAUCUGGAACACAAAGAGGACACUCUGAGAAGCCUCAGAGAAAAACUCAGGAGGAUACAACAGGACCAUGAUGAAACAAUGCAUGAGGAUCACAGAAAUCAUCACCCCACUCAUGCAGGACCUCUAUCCUGCAGAAGUGAUUUUGGAAUUGUACAGAGCACAGCAGUGCUGAUGAUGAAAGCUGAAAAAGCUAAACUAGAAGCUGAAGUACAGCAGCUGAAGAAGAAAAAUGAUCAUCUUGAUAGUAUUGUCUUGAACCUGCAAGAUGAGGUUUCCAAAUGGAAGGCCAGGGCAAGGAAACAUAAAGACUCAUCAAAGGCUAUGCAUUCCUUGACUGAUAUAGAAAGACAUUCCAAAUGUCUACCUUUGUCUCCAGUAAAACAACAAGUUUCCGUACCUCAGACUCCAUCUCCACGUAGAAAGCUUGCUUCCUCUGAAACACUGGUGCUCAAUUCCCCUAAAAGUAAAUUCUUUGACUCCCGACCUGAUUCGAUGUCUAUGUCUCGUCCAACACAGUUCUUUGACAACUCCAGUCUGGGAACGGUACCAGAAAUAACGGAAUGGACAGAAAAUGCAACUAGUGAAUCCGAGAGUUGUCCGGCAGUGGGUCUAGACUCUACAAAAGAAGCUGGAAGUGAAACUCAAGACUGGUGGGCUUCAGUCCCUCAAAAGAAUGAUACUGUUUCACAGUGUCAAACUCAGUAAAUAAGAGCGGGGAUUCAACAACUUCUCAGCAUUGCUGCAGUAUUCACCGCUUUUGUUCUACAUAUGUAGGCUUGCUCACUUAAAAGUAUUAGGUUUUUUGUUAAAGCAUCAUGAUGUAGUGUGCAUUGAUAGCAUUUUUAAUUUCUAACAUGAAAGAUAUUUAACAUGAAAGAUAUUUGAUGGUUAAAUCAAAUAAUGUUAUACAAAGUAUAUGUGGCUAAAUUGAAAAGGUUGUAAAUGCUUCGGACUAUUCCUAUAGUUUAUCUUGGAUACUAGUAUCUCGACCCCAAUCGAUCAUGGUGGUGUUGAAAGCUAUUGCAUUAAGUGACAACGUAGAGUAAGUAGCAGGGUAACUGCAAUUUCUUUUCAUUGUUAACAUCCUGACAACUUUUUACACUCAGAACAUUAGCUAAGCUGUUUUCAAAAUGGCUGCUCUAGUACACUGAUAGUGUAAGGAUUAUUGCGCACAUUGUCAAACACAGCAAGCGCAAUCCAUGAUGUGGUAUGGAAAAGAAAUGCCAGAACACUUCUUAUGGUUUUUCUUUUCUUUUUCUUUUUUUUUUUAAAUCACUCUUCCUGCAGUGAUUGAGGACAGAUCUCAAACCCCAGUGCAUUAGAGCGGCCAUUUUGAAAAGAGCUUUGAAACAGACUUUUUAUAAGUGUAAAAAGUUGUCAGGAUGUUAACAAUGAAAAAAAAAUGACUGGUACAUUUAUUUAAACAGUUGUAGCAACACAUGGGGACGUACAACGCUAUAUUAUUUUGGAACCCUGCUACUUACUCUUUAAUGUCACAUUAAGCAACUGUUGAGCAAUUAAUGGGUUAUAUAAUUCAGCGAGAAACCGCCAAUGAAUAUUUCUCUAAAACAGCUGUCCAACCUUUUUGGUUGUCAUACAGAUUACCAGGGUUUUCUAUCAGAGCCAUAGGAAAGAAAAAAAACAUACGUAGUAACAACUACUCUGAGACACAGCUUUAGUUAUUUUCUCAUUAAACAUGUUGCAUGUUUUAAAACACUUCAAUAUGCUGCAUUCUGGCCAUACUCUCUUUUGCCUAAGACUAGAUUUGGUUGAAACCUAGAUCAACAUUUAGUCAGUGAUAUGGCAAAAAAAUGUGGUGUUUAAUUGUAAGCACUGAAAUGACACAGUCCUAUGAAGAAAAUACAUGAGAAUGACCCAGUUUUUUUUGUUUUUGAACAAUUUAUGAAAUACUUGACAGACCAUUUGCUUUGUCAAGACCAGUAAUAAGCCUGUAUUUUGAAUGACAUCCACCAACCUACAGUCCAAGAAUUUGGAUGGAGAGCAUUAUGCAUGUUGCUCAUAAGAGUUCCACCCUUAUUGUACAUAUUUGUCUACUCUUGUCUUUUUUUAAUGUUUUUUUGUCAUGUUUAUUGAUGUGUGUUUUGUCUUUUUAUAUUCUAGAGGGUUGUGUCUUGUUCAUAACAACCCCUUGUUUUCCAUAAUACAUCUUUUAUACAUGUAAUCUAUUGGGAGAAAUUGUAAAUCGUAGAUAGUAGCUUUUGUAUUUAACCCAUGAAGUAUAAUAAACAUUAAUAAAACAAUA